UCAGGGAGCGGGCGGCGGGCGGCUUGCGGCUUGGAGCUCUGCCGAGGCGAUGACGGACGGCACGUGUCUGAGGCGCCGUGGGGGCCCCUACAAGACCGAGCCAGCCACUGACCUCGGGCGCUGGCGGCUCAGCUGCGAGACGGGCCGGCAGACGUGGACCUACCUGCAGGACGAGCGCGCCGGCCGCGAGCAGACCGGCCUGGAAGCCCACGCCCUGGGGCUGGACACCAAGAAUUACUUUAAGGACUUGCCAAAAGCCCACACCGCCUGCGAGGGCGCUCUGAACGGGAUGACAUUUUACAUGGGGCUGCAGGCUGAGGAUGGGCACUGGACGGGUGAUUACGGUGGUCCACUUUUCCUCCUGCCAGGCCUCCUGAUCACUUGCCACGUGGCACGCAUCCCUCUGCCAGCCGGAUACAGAGAAGAGAUUGUGCGGUACCUGCGGUCAGUGCAGCUACCCGACGGCGGCUGGGGCCUGCACAUUGAGGAUAAGUCCACCGUGUUUGGGACUGCACUCAACUAUGUUUGUCUCAGAAUUCUGGGUGUUGGACCUGAGGAUCCUGACGUGGUACGAGCCCGGAACCUUCUUCACAAGAAAGGUGGUGCUGUGGCCAUCCCCUCCUGGGGGAAGUUCUGGCUGGCUGUCCUGAAUGUUUACAGCUGGGAAGGCCUCAAUACCCUGUUCCCAGAGAUGUGGCUGUUUCCUGACUGGGCACCGGCACACCCCUCCACACUGUGGUGCCACUGCCGGCAGGUCUACCUGCCCAUGAGCUACUGCUACGCUGUUCGGCUGAGUGCCACGGAGGACCCGCUCAUCCAGAGCCUCCGCCAGGAGCUCUAUGUGGAGGACUUCGCCAGCAUCAACUGGCAGGCGCAGAGGAACAACGUGGCCCCCGAUGAGCUGUAUACACCGCACAGCUGGCUGCUCCAUGUGGUAUAUGCGUUCCUCAACCUGUAUGAGCGCUAUCACAGUGCCCACCUGCGGCAGCAGGCCGUGCAGAAGCUGUAUGAGCACAUCGUGGCUGACGACCGAUUCACCAAGAGCAUCAGCAUAGGCCCGAUCUCAAAAACCAUCAACAUGCUUGUACGCUGGUAUGUGGACGGGCCCACCUCCCCUGCCUUCCAGGAGCACAUUUCCAGAAUCCCGGACUAUCUCUGGAUGGGCCUUGACGGCAUGAAAAUGCAGGGCACCAAUGGCUCACAGAUCUGGGACACUGCCUUCGCCAUCCAAGCUCUGCUAGAGGCGGGUGGACACCACAGGCCCGAGUUUUCAUCCUGCCUGCAGAAGGCACAUGAGUUCCUGAGGCUCUCGCAGAUCCCAGAUAACCCUCCCGACUACCAGAAGUACUACCGCCAGAUGAGCAAGGGCGGCUUCUCCUUCAGCACGCUGGACUGUGGCUGGAUUGUUGCUGACUGCACGGCUGAGGCCUUGAAGGCUGUGCUGCUCCUGCAGGAGAAGUGUCCCUAUGUAACCGAGCACAUCCCCCGAGAGCGGCUCUGCGAUGCUGUGGCUGUGCUGCUGAACAUGAGGAAUCCCGAUGGAGGGUUCUCCACCUAUGAGACCAAGCGUGGGGGACACUUGCUAGAGCUGCUGAACCCCUCGGAGGUCUUUGGGGACAUCAUGAUUGACUACACGUAUGUGGAGUGCACCUCGGCUGUGAUGCAGGCACUUAAGCAUUUCCACAAGCAUUUCCCAGACCACAGGGCAGCCGAGAUCAGGGAGACCCUCAAGCAGGGCUUAGAGUUCUGUCGGCGGCAGCAGAGGGCAGACGGCUCCUGGGAAGGGUCCUGGGGGGUGUGCUUCACCUACGGCACCUGGUUUGGCCUGGAGGCCUUUGCCUGCAUGGGGCAGAGCUACCGAGAUGGGACUGCCUGUGCAGAGGUCUCCUGGGCCUGUGACUUCCUGCUGUCCCGGCAAAUGGCAGACGGAGGCUGGGGGGAGGACUUUGAGUCCUGCGAGCAGCGGCGUUACGUGCAGAGCGCCCAGUCCCAGAUCCACAACACCUGCUGGGCCCUGAUGGGGCUGAUGGCCGUUCGGCAUCCUGACAUCAAGGCCCAGGAGAGAGGAGUCCGGUGUCUGCUUGACAAACAGCUCCCUAACGGCGACUGGCCCCAGGAAAACAUCUCCGGGGUCUUCAACAAGUCCUGUGCCAUCUCCUACACGAGCUACAGGAAUGUCUUCCCCAUCUGGGCCCUCGGCCGCUUCUCCCAGCUUUACCCUGAGAGAGCUCUUGCCGGCCACCCCUGAGAACAUGCCCGCCUGCUGGGUGCCGUCUGUGUGGUCCAGUAAGGCCAAGGGGUCCUGGCUGGGUCGGGGAGCCCUCCCAUAACCCUGUCUCUGGCUCCAGCCCCUCAACCUCUGCCUCACAGACAUGAGUCUGGGGACCAGGCUGGAGGCAGGGAUGGGGACAGGGUGGGUGGCUUAGACUCUUGAUUUUUACCAUAGGCUCAUUUCUGAGAGUGGCUUGUCAGGCUUGGGUGAGGAGGGGGCACAGGAGCCACAGCCCUGGGGAGGCACAGUGCCUUUCACUGCCUCUGGGCACGGCCUCCCUAGGGAGUGAGGCUAGCAGGGUUUUUCUGACCAAUAGCAGAGUUGGGAGAGGAACAGCUGCACCUGUGCGAUUCCUACCUGGCACUGUCAUGUGGGCUCUGGGUUGGGGUUGGCCCUGGGCAGGCUGCUCCUGCACCUUCUGUCUGCCAGGCUGACAGACACAAGGGCGAUUCUGACAAUGGCAUGUACAGUGCACAUCCGUGAACAGCCCAGUGCAGGGGGUGCUCAUGGAGCAUCUCGAGGCUGUGCAGCAGGGAACCCCAUGCCCCUGGGUCGUGAGCUUGCCUGCAUUUGGUGGGGGUGUCAGGGAGCAUCCCGAGGUUGUUUAACAGGGAGCCUCCAUACCCGUGGGUCGUGAACUCACCCGCGUGGAAUGCGGUUUGUGAGGUGCCUACAGGGUUUAUAGUGGCCCUAUGGACAGAAAUGCAUCUGGGAGGCACAGCAUAACCAGGGGUGAGGGGCAGACAGCAGUCAUGGUCACUAUCUCAGGGCACUGUUCUGUACAGGGACAGCCAGCGCCCAGUCUGUCACCACUCUAGGCUGGCUGAGCAGGAUGGCACCCUGGAGGCAUAGCAUAUAUACCCAAGGCUCCCCUACAGCUGCCGCCAGUCUCAUGCCCAGGCAGGUGCUCUGGGCUGGAGUGAGGGCCAGGUGUCGGGGGAGGCUUCUCUGGGUGAUCCUCUGAGCUCCCUUCUAGCUUCUGACCCCACUGGUCUGGCUUGCAUGGAUGUAGGGCUUACGAUAGGAAGUUCAGGUCCUGGCUAUGCCUUUGACUGAUGUGGAUGAGCCAUUCACGUGCUCAGAGCCACCCUGAGACUGUCACUGUUCUCCCUGGCCGUUGGGAGGAGUCACUGAGAACUUCAUCACCACUGCUGCCUUGCCAAGGGCACACCCUACGCCUCCUCAUCUGCUCUUCCUCCCCUCCCUGCCACCUCCUGGGCAGGUGGCAGCCCCUGGGCCCUCCCCCUGGCUGACUGUCCUCCCUCAGGCAGUGGAGAUCUUUGGACACCCUCAGAGCCUGUCAUUUCCUUCCUAGAGUCCUUCAGGGCCACCCCUCUGCCUUGGUGCGGGGUCCAGGGCUCUCACCCAGGCUCCAUGCCCUCUGGGGUCUCCUGCGCAGCUCCCUUGCCCCAUGUGCUGUCACUGACUCUCCUUGGGACUCGCCUGCCUGCUUGGAGCAUGCAGGGCCUGGUUGGCUGCACGUGCAGGCAGCUUCCUGUAGAGUGUCAACACUUUCCUACACAUCUUGAAACUAGGGUUUAGUUUGGCUGAAGGAAUUGUGUUGGGACCCUUGGCAUCUGUCAGGUUUGCACGUGCUGUUUUUUUCUUCAGCCCAUGUGUUCUCCCCACCUGGGGGAGCAACAGGACAGACAGUGAAUCCCAGACUCUGCCUGGAGCAGCGGCUACUGUCCCUGGGCCUCCUAGCCACGGCCAGAUCACUGUACAAAAUAACAGUUUUCUGGAAAUGAAAUGUAAAUCCAUCUUUAUACUUUUAUGAACAACUACUUUAAUAAACAGACAUUUGAUGCCCUUA